AUGGAAAAUUCUGCAACAUCAUCGUUCAAUCCUUCACAUUCUGGCAGGGUGCAAAAAGAAUGGUUCGAGAAUGCAAUAGAAAGCGGAAAAAUUGUUAAAUUUGAUUACAAAAUAUUUGAUAACUUCCAAAAUAUACGGAGAGGAGCAUUUAGCAAUGUUGAUAGUGCCACAUUGAAAGCGGAAAAUAAAACUGUAGCCUUGAAAACGAUUACUCUUAAUUCAACGUUCACAUUAGAAUUGUUCGUUAAUGAGCGGCCACCAAUCGACAAAGUCGUUUAUGAUAUCUCCAAGAUCGAAUUGCCCAGGAAAUAUCUAAGUUCCUCUACGAAUUCAAACGAACAAAAUGACUAUCCAGCUGAUGAAAUCUCUAGUUUCGGUACAUGCGAGUUAGUAGACGAUUAUGCGGAAGAGCUUGAUAUCGAGAAAAAAAUGAAAAACUCAGGUAAUACUAAAGUAUUGGUUGUUUUUUCCCCACUAGAUGACUGA